AACAGAUCUCUCCGGCGGAGAAAGAUGUCUCCGGUACCGGAAAGAACAAAGCUUCACAUAGCGAUGGCGGUGUUUCAGACAGGCUACGCCGGGAAUCACGUGAUCAUGAGAUUCGCCCUAAACUUGGGAGUCAGCAAACUCAUCUUCCCACUUUACCGAAACAUCAUAGCUCUCUCUGUUCUUGCUCCCUCUGCUUUCUUCCUUGAAAAAAAAGAAAGGCCGAGGAUGACCACCAGUUUACUGAUUCAGUUCUUCCUUCUUGGACUUGUUGGCAUAACAUUAAAUCAAGGAUUCUACAUCUUUGGAUUGGACAAUACCUCUCCAACAUUCGCAUCAGCAACUGAGAAUGCUGUUCCUGCUGUUUCAUUCCUCAUGGCCGCAUUGCUCGGAAUAGAGAAGGUAGAACUGAAGAGGAGAGAUGGUGUAGCCAAAGUGGUGGGCACAUUCGUAUCGGUCGCAGGUUCGUUGGCUAUAACGCUCUAUAAAGGGCCAACCAUUUACCAACCGAGUCUGCGUUCAAUGGACCAACCUACAAAUGCUGGAGAAGCAGAGGAACAAAACAAGAACUGGACGUUGGGAUGUGUCUGCUUGAUGGGUCACUGCUUAUGCUGGUCAAGCUGGAUUGUGUUGCAGUCACCAUUGCUUAAAAGGUACCCUGCCCGAUACUCCUUCGUCUCCUACUCUUGCCUUUUCGCCGUGUUCCAGAUCGUUGGCAUCUCUGCUUAUUUUGAGAGAGAUUUAGAGAGCUGGAAGAUAAAAUCAGGAAGAGAGAUGUACGCGUUGCUAUACACUGGAUUGGUGGGUUCAGGGAUGGUGUUUGCAAUACAGAUAUAUGUAGUGGAGAGAGGAGGACCUCUGUUUGUAUCAGCGUAUUUGCCUCUUCAAACUUUACUUGCUGCUCUUCUAGCCACUUUUGCUCUUGGCGAACACUUGUACCUUGGAGGAUUGAUUGGGGCAAUACUAAUCAUAUGUGGACUGUACUUGGUUGUGAUGGGAAAGAGUUGGGAGAAGGAAGCUCUUUGCCAACAGCAACACAUGAUUUUUUCUGCAUCAGAAGAAUUUGGUGAUGAAGGAAACAAUCAUAAUAAUAAGCCAAGAUCUUCUAUCAUUCAACCAUUAAUUGGAGACUAAUAAAAAUUACACCAUAAUCAAUAUGUUAAAUUUUUUUUGGGGUGGAGAUUAAUUUGAUGUCGUCAAUUAUUCUUUUGUGGGUAAA